UUCGGUUUUAAAAUGAUUUGUUUCUUACCUAAAAUGAAUUGUAUUGGGUAACAUUCCACCGUAAAUUCUUAUCUUUUUAAGGGUUGUAGCUUACGGUAUAAGUCACCAAUUGGACAUCUUCCAUCAAACGAAAAUUAUUGAAUUAAAAACCAAUCAAAGUCUUAUUCGCAAAGAAAUCUAUAACAAAAUCCAAAGUUGUAUUGACCUUGAAAACCAGAAUCUCGGAGAACUCGGAUUUGUCAAUGCCAAGACAUAGAAAUUGUUUCUUUGCCAAGCCAAAAACUAUAUAGUUUGUUAGUUUGGCGCGCGCUGGGAAGAGUCUCCAAUGAGAGUACCAAAAUUCUCGAGCUAAACGCUUCAAAAAAAGAUUUCUUCAAUAACAAUGGAAUAAUAAUAUUUCAACUGUCACUUUUUUUAUAGAGCCGAUUUUUCCUAAGCUAGUCUACAAUUUUUUUUUCAUUUAUCUAUUUCCUAUCUAAAAACUGAAUGUGACGAGAUAUGGCGCAAUCAGGAGCAUUUUAAACCGCUGUUUUCAACUGUUUUGAAUAGUAUUGUUUGAAAGAAAAAGGAAACACGUUUGUCAGAUUGCUGGCUUGCACCGUAAGCCAAAAAGACUGAAAAAGUAACAUUACAAUUUAAGGUGGAUUGGUGCCCAAGAUUUAUAAUACUAUAUUUCACGAUAUUUACGAUAAUCUUCAAAGUCUUAGCCGCAAAGAUAUCUAUAAGACUAAAACAAACAAAAAAAUCCUAGCAUACCAGAAUCUGCCGAAACUGGGAAGUCACCACGUGUCCUGUAGCCGUACAUUUAAUUGUCGUAAGCACCACGCGUGUUCUCUUAGACGGUAUCUAGAGAAGUGUUCCCACCUUAAUUUCUGAAGUCUCUGUUUGUGUGUUGUGUGUGUACAAUGGAAAAGGAAGAUAACGGAUCGAAACAGAGCUCCUCUGCUUCUGUUGUAUCCUCGAGAAGAAGAAGAAGAAGAGUGGUUGAGCCAGUGGAAGCGACGUUACAGAGAUGGGAGGAGGAAGGGUUGGAUAAAGCUCGUAGGGUUCAAGCUAAAGGUUCGAAGAAAGGUUGUAUGAGAGGAAAAGGCGGACCAGAGAAUCCGGUUUGUCGGUUUAGAGGUGUUCGCCAAAGGGUUUGGGGGAAAUGGGUUGCUGAGAUACGUGAACCAGUGAGCCACCGUGGUGCAAACUCGAGUCGUAGUAAACGCCUUUGGCUUGGAACGUUCGCUACUGCAGCCGAAGCCGCCUUGGCUUACGACAGAGCUGCUAGUGUCAUGUACGGACCCUAUGCCCGGUUAAAUUUCCCGGAAGAUUUGGGCGGAGAAAUGAAGAAGGACGAGGAGGCGGAAACUUCCGGAGGAUAUUGGUUGGAAACUGAAAAAUCUGGUCAUGGCGUGAUUGAAACUAAAGAUCGAAAGGACUAUGUAGUCUACAACGAAGACGCUAUUGAGCUUGGCCAUGACAAGACUGAGAAUCCUAUUAAUGAGAACCCAUCAGUGAAAUCAGAGGAAAAUUACAGCUUUGAACGAUUCAAAUUGGAAAAUGGAUUGUUGUACAAUGAACCUCAAGGCUCCAGUUAUCACCAGGGAGGUGGAUUCGAUUCAUAUUUAGAGUUUUUCAGAUUCUAGCUUAGUGUUUAUGCUGCAUCAAUAUACUAUAAGACUCUGUUUUUUACA